UCGCGCCAAUCGGAAGUGUUGCAGAGUGGGCCUGCUGCUCGGAGGUCAGCGACGGAACCAUGAAUAUCUUGCCCAAGAAGAGCUGGCACGUCCGAAACAAGGACAAUGUCGCCCGCGUGCGGCGCGACGAGGCCCAGGCCCGGGAGGAGCAGAAGGAGCGUGAGCGGAGGGUGCUGCUCGCUCAGCAAGAGGCCCGAACAGAAUUCCUACGGAAGAGAGCCAGGCGUCAGAACUCACUGCCCGAGCUAGAAGCAGCAGAUGCUGGAGCUCCAAGUUCUGGCCCUGUGGACCUGUUUAGGGGGCUGCUGGAAGAGGGGGAAGGAGUACCCAGAGGCAAUAAAGAGCAUGAAGAGGAGAAGCGACAGGAGAAGGAGAGGCAAGAGAAAGCACUAGGCAUCUUGACGUAUUUGGGCCAGAGUGCAGCAGAGGCCCAAACUCAGCCUCCUUGGUACCAGCUACCCCCAGGGCAAGGGGGCUGCCCUCCAGGCCCGAGCUCAGAUGAGAAGAUCAAGAACCGGUUGGACCCCUUGAGGGAGAUGCAGAAGCACCUGGGAAAGAAAAGGCACAGCAGUGAAAGCCGUUCUUCCAGAGAGGAGCGGCUUCAGAAACAACGGCCCAAAGAGCCGCCUUCCCUAGAACAGCUCCGGGCUGAGCGCCGUCAGCGGGAAGCGGCUGAGAGGGCUCGAGCGGAGGCCCUGCUGGCCCGGGUACAAGGCCGAGCAUCCCAGCAAGGUCAGGCAGAAGUGGAGGAGACAGAUGAACGGAGGCGGCGGUACAACUCCCAGUUCAACCCCCAGCUGGCCCGGCGCCCCCGCCAGCAGAACCCCACUCCUGCCCACUGACUCUUGGGGGGAUAGGAGGGGCUGCAGCUGCCAGCCGUCAUAUAAAACUAUUUAUUCAUAAAUAUUUUCCAAAAUGAAAA